AUGAAAUUCUCGGCCCUCUCAUUGCUUCAUCUGGCUUGCGCCGCUACGGCCAGCCAGGGCGAGUUCGCCAUGAACCGUCUGAUGAGCACCAAGCUGAAUCAUUGGUCCAAGGCUCGGACCCAGGGUAUGUUCGACGCGAACCGCUACCCAGAUCUGGGUAAGCAGAAGUGCGCCAAUGGAACGGCCGGAGAAUACUCUUGCGAGAACGUCGAUCUGCUUGGGUUCCUCAGCCAUCAGGCUAUGGGCAGCGAGACCCGCGAGGGCAAUGACAUCUGGGGUUGGACGUCUCCUAACGACCGCGAAUUUGGCAUCGUCGGCCAAAGCGACGGUACAGCCUUUGUUGAGGUGCACAAAGAUGGAAGCAUUGACUACCUCGGCCGGCUGCCAACCCAGACCCAGAGUAGCCCAUGGAGAGACAUGAAGGUCAUCGGUGACCAUGUCUAUAUCGGAUCCGAAGCGAAUGGUCACGGACUGCAAGUUUUCGACCUCAAGAAGCUCCUGGAGCUGGAUGCGAACGAGCCAACCACCUUUUCGAUCUCCAAGGAUCUCAAGGCUUGGUACAAGGGAUUUGGUAGCUCCCACAACAUUGUUGCUCACCCCGAGACCAACAUGAUUUACGCUGUUGGAACCGACAGAACUCUUAGCUGCCGCGGAGGUCUGUGGAUGGUCGAUGUUUCUAACCCGGCCAAGCCAACCUCGCCCGGCUGCGUGAGCCAGGACGGCUAUGUGCAUGAUGCUCAAUGUGUCAUCUACAAGGGACCCGACACCAAGUACAACGGACGCGAGAUUUGCUUCAAUUAUAACGAGAAAGCCCUCACCAUCGUCGACGUGACCAACAAAAAGGCGCCCAAGCAGAUCUCGAAGACCUCCUACACCGGAUUCGCCUACACCCACCAAGGCUGGGUGAUCGAUCCCAACGACAUGUCCUACCUGCUGCUCGACGAUGAGCUGGAUGAGACUGACAAGACUGGAAUUGCCGCCAACGGCCACACCACGACCUACAUCUUCGACAUCAAGAACCUCGCCAGCCCCAAGCACACCGGGUCCUACCAGUCGCCUGUCAAGUCUAUCGAUCACAACCAGUACGUCGUCAACGGUCUCUCUUACCAGUCCAACUAUGGUAGCGGUCUGCGCAUUGUCGAUGUUAGCUCCGUUGCUCAGGAUCCCACUGGCAAGGAGUUCAAGCAGGUCGGCUUCUUCGACUGCCACCCCGAGGAUGAUGCUCAGGGUGGUGAGGUUAAGUUCUUCGGCAGCUGGAGCGUGUACCCAUACUUCAAGAGCGGAAGCAUCCUGCUGAACAGCAUUGAGCGUGGUGUUUACUCUCUGAAGUACAACGGCGCGAAGUAA